GAAAAAAAAAUAAGCGAAGAAGAAAGCGUUGGUAUUUUUCUCUCUUCUUCGAUUCGAACAAAAGCCUACCAGCAGACAAAAGGGAGGGUUUUGUGAAGACAGAGAAAUACACAGUGUCCAAUCGACGCACGGGAGAGAAACCUACGUAAAUACAAACAGCGGAGGGAAUUUUCUCGGCGGGGAAGGAGAGACCUCUACCACCUUCUUCUAUAUUCCGGCUGACUCACAGUUAGGGUUUCUUUUCACUUGAAGCUGUUGAUGAAGGGCAGCUUAGCAAAAUGCUAAGCUAUCAGCAUAUCACAAAGACUAUUCUGAAGGUUCACGGAUGGAAGAAAAACUAUCAGCAUAUCACAAAGACUUCUUAAAUGCUUGGAGGUCUGGCGUGUGAAGCACUAUGACACUUGAAGAUUUCUUUACCCUGACUGAGAUAAAAGAUGGCCUUACUCUCCCUUCUCGUGUUGAGGAACUGGUGGCUAUUAUGCAGAAGGAUAGAGAAUGUAUUGUGAAGAAUGUUGUUGAAUCAACCAGACAAUGGGCUGCUGUUGCAAGCACAAUUGCUGCCACAAAGAACAAAAAUUGCCUUGAUCUUUUUAUUCAGUUAGAUGGACUCUCGUAUCUUGAUAGAUGGCUUAAGGAUGCCCAGAGGUUUAUUAGCAAUUCAGCUGACAGCAUAGUAGAGGAGUCAAUUGUCGCAGUAUUACGGGCACUUGAAAACCUCCAUAUAGACGAUGAAAGGUCCAUUUCUUCAGGGGUCUGGAUUACUGUCCAGAGUCUUGUUGGUUCCAGCAGCUCUCAGGUUCAGGAUAUAGCAAGGGCAUUGUUUGAUAGCUGGAAGCAGGAUAGAGUUAGUGAUUCUGUUCUUCAGCACAAUAGUGAGGGUGCUGGUGCUUAUUGUGAUCGUGUGAUUAAAGUCCAUGCGAUGCUUGCUGAGGAAAGUAGCAGGCUGGAGUGUUCUGUUUCUGAUGUUCCUCUUCUGAAACAAAGCACUGGAGAAGAAAGUCUUGCAGUAGAAGUUCCAAAAGCUGAAAAUUUAGGACUAGAACACUUGGAAGAUCUUAGAACUAAAAGGGGUGAAGAAAUACAGGCUCAAACUGAGAAAAAUGAGCUCCAGUCGGGCAUGGAUUUAGACAGUCCUGUGUCCAAGGAUAUGGCUUCUGAUAAUUUGCGUUCAUCUCUUGUGGCAAAUGCUGUUCGUGAAAGCCCUUCUGUAAAGGAAAAAAUCCCAGUAGGUACCAUGGCAGAAAUUAUUCCUGUGGAGGUUAGUAGUUGUUCACUUACAGAGCAAGGCAGUGUUGAGGGGCAGUCAGAUGCAGAGUUGGAUAAAUUUUCUAAAGAUUAUGAGCAGGCAACUAAGCUUAGUGGUUUCUCUGACAAAUUGGGCAUUGCAGCUUCUGCCUCUAGUAUAGUGGAACCUGGAGUUGGGUCAUCUGAUGCUGAUGUUGCAAGACCUCAGGAGGCAGAGGCAGGACUUCUUGUACACAAGCAAGAUGGUGCCAGUGAGGUGAAGCCACUUAGUUGCAAGCCAAACAGUGGGUUAGAUGAUAAAGGAGUUACAAACACUCGCGGCAAACAAUUGUCAGUGACAAAUCUAGGUGGUGAAUGCCUUUCUGAUAUUUUGCCGGAUUCCUCUACAAAGGACUAUGCAUUUGGGAAAUCUGAAGAAUUGGACACUUAUUCCAGGAUGGAAGACUCUGAAGCAACUGAUGAAGAUAAAGAGCAUACUAGUAGUGAUGGUGGCAAGAAUAUGAGAAGUUGUUCCUCUUUUUCUAGAACAGCAAUUGAUAAUCAUACUACUGAUGUGAUUGACAACCAAACUACUGAUAUUGAACUUGACUAUGGAAUUGUAGAUGCUUUGGAAGUAGCCCGAAAAGUUGCUCAAGAAGUGGAGAGAGAAGUCAUAGAUUAUAGAGAACCAUCUUGCAGCUCAUCAGAGAAAAUUUCUGAUGGAAUUAGGCAGCCAGGUAGCCCAGAGUCUAUAAAUGGAAAACAGGAUCUAGCCAAUGAGAUGCCACAAAAGGAAAUGCCAUUUGGACAAAAUCAUGGUGCUGAGAAGUAUCCGGGGGGCCAGGUUCAUGUAAUAAAUUCAGGAAAUCUCGACCAAGGGCCCGAAAAUGGUAUAAAUGAUAUUGAGUCCUCUCAAGUCACAGAAGCAAUCCAAGAACCAGAAAUUAACACAGAGAAAAGCAUGUGUGACUUUGAUCUGAAUCAAGAAGUUUGUUCUGAUGAAAUGGAUCAUACAGUGAAUUCCAUCUCGACCCCAAUUCCUGUUGCUUCUGCUUCAAGGCCGGUAGGAGCUCCAGGGUUGCCUUUUGCCCCAUUGCAGUUUGAGGGAGCUCUUGGAUGGAAAGGAUCUGCUGCUACCAGUGCUUUUCGGCCGGCAUCUCCACGUAGACCAUCCUGUGGGGAUAAGGUUCUUUCUACAGGGGACGCUGGUAAUAGUUUAAAAGCAAGGCUGGGUUGCCUCGACAUAGAUCUGAAUGUGGCCGAGGGUGGAGAUGAUAAACUUGUAGAUCUGAUGUCAGGAAAGCAAAUUUCUGUCUCGUCUGGCCUUCAAUCGGCAGAAUCCUCUCUGGAAAUGAGCCCUAAGAGAUCAGAGAGGCUCAAAUUAGAUUUGAAUCGUACCAGUGAUGAUGGUGAUGCACUACCUUCUGAUUUAAGAGUGGAGGGACGGAUCUUUUACAAUCGGAAUGGUCACCGCAGUCCCUCUCCUGUUUCCUCAUCAUCAUCACUGCAGCCUUCUGAGGACAUUGAUUUGAAUGACAGACCAAACGUUCAUGUUGAUUCUGAUCAAGGGCCCCGUUAUGGGGGAUCUUCGCAAAGCAUAAGCGCCUUUUUGAGGGAGGAAGUAGGGAACCUGGGAGUUGAGGCAUCUUUUCAUGGCUGGCCAAAGCAGGUCGAUGGAGGACCAUUUGAGAGUUAG